AUGGCCUACUACAGAAAAUGCCUGGGGGCUGUGAUCGAGCAACUGGGCCGGUUUAAACCCAAGAAGGACAGUCCGGAGCAGUUCCUGGAGGCCGUGCGUGCGUCCCUGCAGACUCUGAGCCCCCAGAAGCAGGCGUUCAUUCUGGAGGUGCUGUCCGGCUGCAUUGAGUACCGGAAGCUGCUGGCCGUCGUGGUGGAUGCCUUCUACGUGCGGGACGGCCGGCUGUGCCUGCGGGCUGACUACCACCUCUUCCAGGUGAUCUGCUACCUGGCCACCUUCCAGCUGGAGGAGCUCGGCUUCCAGCUCUUCAGCGACAUCGUCAAGUCCCAGCCCGCGGACAAGAUGCGCAAGUUCCUCGGGUUCUUCUUCAACCCCUUAAACCUGUGCUCGUGGAUCAAGGACGAGUGGAGCCUCGUCUACGAGACGGCCCACGUGACGGACUGGACGGAUCCCCUGCUGAGAUGGCAGCCGGAGGUCCAGGAGCUGAUCAGCCAGCUGGAGGGCCCGUCGACCAGUCGGCCCCCUCCUUCAAAGGCCACGGUCACAAAGCCCAAGAGCUUCAACCUGACUGUCCCCAGACCCCGUGCCAUUCCAGUGCCCGAGCCUGUCCCUGUCAUGGCCAAGGCAACACCAGCCCCCCAGAGCACCUACCAGCCACCCAAGGAGCCAAAGGUGCUGGAGAUGACCAAGAGAUACAACCGCCGGAGGGCGGAGGAGCUGCUGCUGCUGGCGAACCUGGAGGAGAUGCGGUGCGCAGCGCCCAGGGCCCGCAGGGAGGCCCCCGCGCAGGGCUCCAGGAAGCUGCGACUCCGGUUCCUGCCCCGGAUCCAUAAGACUCCGAAACUGACCUUCUACAGGCCGAACGAGGUCCCGGUCAAGCUGAACACGGCCACCAUUCUGCGGGAAGGGGCCUUGUACCAGCGGCAGGUGGAGAAGGAGCUGCAGAGAGUGGACAAGCUCGUGGACGGGGCCGGGGACUUCUCGGAGUUCCUGGAGUGGCAGAGGAAGAUGCAGGCCAGGGACCGGCAGGAGCAGCGGGCCGCGGAGGAGUGCCGGCGGCUGCAGGGGAAGCUCAGCCACGAGGAGGCGGCGCUGGCCCGGCAGCAGCUCCUGCGGGAGAACCGGCACCGGGCCACCCAGAAGAGAGAGGAGAUGGCUGAGCUCAUGCGGCAGUGUGCCCAGAGGCGCCUCCAGGAGGAGAAGUCCCUGAAGGAGCUGGUGGAGCAGGUGGCCGAGGGGCAGAAGAACGUCCAGGUGGCACAGAUGAAGCUCCUGAAGGGCCGGCGGCAGGCAGUCCAGGAGGUGGCCGAGGAGAACCGGGUGCUGCUGCAGCGCCGUGCGGAGGAGGCCAAGGAGGAGCAGCGGCGGCGCUGCGAGCUCAUCAACCAGCUCCGGGCCCUGGAGUCCCAGCCCACGCGCCAGGGCAAGCUCGUGGACCUGACCCAGACCCCCGGGCACGGCCUGCAAGGGGAGAUGUCCAUCGUGGAGCUGCGUGAGCGGCUGGCCCUGCUCAAGGAGGCCCAGCAGCGGGAGGAGGAGGAGCGGCGGGACCAGAUCAUCCAGGACAAGCGCGCCAAGAGCCAGGAGCUGCAGAACGCGCUGGAGCAGAUCUCGCUGUGCCGCGCCGCCAUGGGGCGGUCUGCGGCCUUGAGGUGGGAGGAGAAAAAAGCAGCGGCCCCGGCGGCGCCCUCGCAGGACGAGCGCGUGCAGGAGCUGCAGCGCAGGAUCGAAGAGAGGGCGGCUGAGCGGCGCAGUCGGGCGGCCGAGCAGUACGUGCCGGCGUCCAGGGCCGAGCGCCUCAAGCCGCAGCUGAAGGCGCAGCACUGGCUGGAGCUGGAGCAGAGCCAUGAGCGCAGGCUGCGGGCGAGGCAGCGGAGAGGCUCGGCCUGUGGGCCGGCGCGCCGCCUGCAGGCCGCCUGA